AUGGUUUCACUCAUUCCAGAUCAGAGCUUAAAGGAAGAACUCGGCCCCCUGUCAAUUACGAUUCCAAAUCUUCUGCACACCCUCGACUUUUAUGAAGAAGGUGUUUACGCGAACGAGUGCACCCGAGAUUGGUGGUGUCCAUGGCCAAUACAUCGUGUGGAUGUUCCACAACAGGCUAAUCAAGGCGAUUGUGGUAUGUUCGUGUUGAAGUACAUUGAGCUGUUGAGUGCUGAGAUUUCCUUAGCUACUUGCACCUCGCAGAACAUGCCAUUUUUUUCGGUUGAAGUUGGCUGCAGAAAUUGCACGGGGAGAUGCUUACAUGCCAUGAUAUCGGUUGAACUUGGUUUAGGCACAUGA